AUGCGGAGGGUUUUGGUGGCACUCCCCGCAACACUGCGGCAGCGACGGGCUUGUGGUUCUCAGAGUCAACGGGAACUGUUGCAGCUGACCUGCGAGCACAUUUAUCGUAGCAGUUCCGCCCGGGAGCAGUUGCGCCAACUCAUCCACGAGUCAUCGGUAGAAAAUGCUCUGCGUCACUUGGGCGAGUUUGCCAGAGAUGCUUCCCUGCUGGAAGGGUCUGCCUGGCUCGGGAAGUUGUCAGGAGCUCCUGGUAUUCUUGGCCGCAUUGCUGUCGUUUUACCCCAAUUCGAAAGAUGGUACGUUGCCCGAAAAGCCCCAGAGAAGGUGACAAUGCAUGAACCAUGGGAUUGGUACCCAAAGGCCCGCUUUAUGCGACGUCGAUUUGUUUUUCACUAUGGCCCCACAAAUAGUGGAAAGACCCAUGCCGCUUUGGAGGCGUUGGUGAAGGCCAAGAGUGGUGUCUACUGUGCGCCGCUAAAGGCACUUGCAGCACAAGUGUGGAGGCGGAUUGACGCACGCGUGCCGUGUGACUUGUUAAUCGGCGAUGAGCGGCGGUUUGGCGGGGGCGCAGAGCAUGUUUCGUGUACGGUUGAAAUGACACCUAUUGAUUACCAGGUUGAUGUGGGGGUGAUUGAUGAGGUGCAGCUGAUUGCCGACAGGGACCGGGGGUGGGCAUGGACACGUGCCCUGUUCGGAUUACCGGCGCGGGAAAUACAUCUCUGUGGCGAGGAGCGUGCUAUUUCGCUUAUACGUAAGCUGCUCUAUAGGACGCGUGAACUGCCUAGGCUGGAGCUCGUGCAACAUAAGCGGCUUGUUCCACUUAAAGUAUGCCCCCCAUUGGAGGCGGACCUACGACGAAUAGAAAACGGCGAUACCCUGGUUUGUUUCUCUCGAAGGGCCAUUUUUGAAAUGAAGAAAAAACUCGAAAGCAUUCCCGGGGUAGUCCCACACUGCAUUUACGGAUCCAUGCCUUUCUCAGUGCGUGAGGCUCAAGCCGAUGCAUUUAACAAGGGUGUACAAGACGGCAUUCAGGGAAACGGUGGGAAAAGGCAUGUUCUCAUCUCCACAGACGCUAUUGCGUAUGGGCUGAACAUGAAUAUUGAGCGUAUCGUUUUUGCAACAAUGAGGAAGUUUGACGGAAAGCAGGUGGUUGUGUUGCCGCAGGCAACUAUUUUACAAGUGGCUGGUCGCGCAGGUCGUUUUGGUCUAUUGCGCUCGCAUCAGGUGGGCCGAUGUACGACGCUUGACUCGGACGACUUCGCACUUGUGUCGGAGGCGUUCAACAGUCGUAUAACUCCGCUGCAAAAGGCGGGACUUCUCCCCACAGCUGACAUACUUGAGCUCUUCAUUAGGCUACGUGGAUUGGAGGAGGGUGGGAAGGUGCCAGUUGAAAAUUCAACAUCAUUCUAUACGCGUAUGAAGGAGUUUACGGCGUGUUGUCAAGCUUCCGAGUUGUUUUUCCCCUGCGAUCUUUCGCGCUCAUUGCUACAAAUAGCCAAGGAGUUGGAGACGGUAACCGACCUCUCCUUAAGUGAUCGGAUUUUGUUUUGCUAUGUUCCUCUCAGUGAUCGUGGGAAGGAGUCGUUUGAACUCCUCCGCGCCUUUGCGCGUGACCACGCGGCGGGGCGAGAGGUCCUUCUUCGCAUAGACGACGAGUACAAGGAACUCGCAAAGCAAUGGGGUCGCAUUUCCGGUGGAGACCUGAGGAAGGCUCAGCAGUUGUUGGCAAGGAUGGAACAUGUCUACCGAAUGGCAGAAAUGUACUGCUGGCUUGCGUGGCGCUUUGGGAAGACGUUUGUUCACCUUGAGCCUGCCACGGCGUUGAAGGAAAAGGCGGCGACGAAGAUGGAGGAAAUGCUGCAACUCCUUUGA